GGGACGUCGCGUAGAUGAACAGCCGGGACUGACAGCCAACACGUCACGUCGACGACCAGGACAGCUCUGAACAGAGGUAUAAAAGAGCGCGUCGGGCGCUCGGCAAUUCUGCAAGAUGAAGUCUUUCUACUCCUUUUCACACUCCCUCAAGGCGCGGAGAAGGCCGUUAUCACCGAAUUGGAGCCUGGCGAGCACGAGAGCACCAUGGACCAACCAUUCUACGUCAUUGACCCUGACGGGGAGGUAGACAUUGUCCUCACCAACCCCGAUGCCCCCUUCGCCAUCUUUGAUGAAAACCAAUUCGAGCAACAGGACCCCCGGCCUGCCGUGGAGAACACUCGAGAGGACUCGAGGAGACCCAGGGAGAAACACCGGAGAAAGAGAAAGCGGUCAUCACCACCCAGCGAGCCAACACCAGCCGUGCAACAGACGACAAAAACCGUGCGUAUCCGGGUCUCUGCAAAGCAUCUGUCAUUGGCCUCGCCCGUCUUCAGGAGCAUGUUGAAUACCAGCUGCCCGGAGAGCGCUACUGUUGCGGAGAAGGGCUCAGUCGUGGUGGGUGCUGAUGGGUGGGAUGUGCAGGCGUUCAUGCUAUUCCUGCGCAUCUUGCAUUGUCAGCACCAUCAUCUACCACGACGAGUGUCUAUAGAGAUGCUUGCCAAGAUUGCCUUGAUCUCAGACUAUUAUGAGUGCAAGUUUGUGCUGGCGUUCUUUUCAGAUACAUGGAUCAGAGCGUUAGCGGACAAGAAACCCUCGAGAUACUCGCGUGAUAUGAUCUUGUGGAUUUGGAUAUGCUGGUACUUCCAGCUUGCCAAGGAGUUCCAGAGAACCACAUUGAUCACCAUAGUGCAAAGCAUAGGGCCGAUACCAAGUCUGGGCUUGCCGAUUCCCGCUAGGAUCAUAGACACGCUUAACGAAAGCAGAGAGUGGUUUAUUGGUAACAUCCUCAAGAUGCUUUAUGAGCGGCGAGAAAUUCUGCUCAACGGCACGCAGACUUGCAGUCCUGAGUGCGGCUCGAUGUCACUUGGAUCCUUAAUGAAACGGAUGCACACCCACGGCCUGCUUAAAAAACGUCCUGAGGCGCCGUUUCUGUCGUUAAGCUGCCAGUACCUGACAGGUGUUGUAUUCGAAUAUGAGAGAACGAGCCCAUCCACGUGUUACUGCGAAGAGAUAGAUUUCGAGAGCCGCUUUGGAGAUGUUGGGAGUGAUUUCAUGGGCUUAAAACUGGAUAUGUUUGUGUAG